AUGAGAAGUUGGAUUUUGAUCACAUUGUGCUUGACGGUUAUUUGUGCGCAGCAGCGAUCGAUGCAAUCAAUGCAAAAUCCUUCUUCAAUGCCUCAACAACAGCAAGCUGGGGGUCAAGAUGGACAAGGCUGCUCAACUUGCCAGCCCGGUUAUUUGCCCGAUUAUCAAGGGGACAAGUACACGAAUCAGACGAGAAUUCAGGAGACUCAAGCAUUGAACAAGAAAUUCUUUGACACAAUCGGUGGCCCACCUUCUCCACCCCCACAAACGCCAGCUCAACAAGGAAUGGGUGGAACAAGUGGCCAAGGACAAAUUGGAUACAAUCCAAGCAAUACUCAGCCACAACAAUCACAACAAAUGCGAUCGCCAAUGCGCGCAAGACGAUUUGUAAAG